CCGCGCUUCAUCUCAUGCCUAUAAAAACGCCGCACAUCGCCGACCAGCUACCACAUCUUCCUUUUACAUCCGGCCGAUCGGACACAAGGAGCCAGUUCGACGAUGCUGUGCAAGGUUGCCUUCCUCGGCCUUCUGGCCAUCGCUGCCGCCCAGGUCCAGCUCCAGGAACAAUUCCCACCCCACCCAUACACCUUCAGCUACGAGUCCACCGGUGAGGACGGCGGCCGCAUCAGCCAGCAGGAGACCGGCGACGAGAGGAACUUCAAGACCGGCAGCUACAGCUACCAGACCCCAGACGGUGUCUACCGUACCGCCAACUACGUCGCUGACGAUCAGGGUUUCCGUGUGUCCAUCGACACCAACGAGCCAGGCACCAAGGCCGAGAACCCAGCUGAUGUGACCCUCAACGCCAACCCAAUUGAGGUCCCAGCCACCGCCUACACCUUCGGCAAGUCCAAGAGCUAAAUCACUCGCCUCGUUUCCAAAGCGAGAUAAAGCUAUGUAAAUUAAAGCAAGACUACUCCAACCA